GACGAUAUCGCCCGACAUGCCUCGCUCAGCAGAGACCGCUAGCUUCAAGUUCAACCAUACUAUGCUUCGGGUCAAAGACCCAAAGGUCUCUCUCGCCUUUUACCAAGAUGUCAUUGGAAUGGAUCUUCUUUCUGUGAAGAAGUUCGAUGACUUCACCCUCUACUUCCUCGCCUUCAACCACGAAGGACGAGACUUGAGCCCCGAAGAGAAGGAGGCGUCUCGAUUCGCCCGUGAAGGCGUUCUCGAGUUGACGCACAACCAUGGUACCGAGAAUGAUCCCGAAUUCAAGGGAUACGCCAGUGGAAACAGUGAUCCUGGCCGCGGAUUCGGUCACAUUGCCCUUGCGGUCGACGAUGUUGAGAAGGCGUGCGCUCGCUUCGAGCAACUCGGUGUUCAUUUCAAGAAGAAGCCUUCCGAUGGAAAGAUGAGGCAUAUCGCUUUCAUUUUGGACCCCGACGGCUACUGGAUCGAGAUUGUUCCGAACAAGUUGACUCUGUAAGGCUAUUUUGAAUACCGUACCAUGUGAACGUGAAAUCGUCAAAAAAAAAACUUGCUUCUUCUAAA